UUCAGAGAAUAGAAGACAAAGAAUGAUGACAAUGGCUGAUGACAAUUCCUGAAUCAGUUGAGAUUGAAAAAUUAACUAAAUUGAUGAAGUAUAGAGUAUAGAACAGCAAUUUUAAAAAAUGAGAGUAUAUACGCAAAAAAAUCAUAUAGUUAAUGAGAUGAUUAUAGAUUUUUUGUUGUCUGAUAGUUUUUUUCCUAUUGUGCAGAUGUGUGAACUUGUUCUCUUUAUAUUUGUUAAGUGGUCCUUUUUCUAAAAAGUACCAAAAUUGUAAUUUGUGUAAACAUGCUUUGGUUUGUUUUUCUUUUCUUUAUUUUUCUUUUUGUUUUUGAAUAAUUUUUUUUAAAAAAAAAACGUGUUUGAUGUAGCAACAAAAAAAGCCAAUGUGAUUCUAGGCUGUACCAAUAGGAGCAUGAUGUCUAGAUCCUGGUAAGUUUUAGUUGCCUCUUUUGUAUACUUCAAUAACCCUGUGUCCAAUUCUGGGCAGCACAAUUCACGCAAGAAUAUCUCCAAAAAAGGGCUAUAGGAAAUGGCUAAGGGAGCUGGAUGUGUUUUGUUUGCAGGGGGAAAAGGCCGAGGAGACAGGAGAGUCAAUAUUUAGAAGGAUGACCCAUUCAGAAGAAAAAGGCUUCUCAGGAACAAAGCUCCCUAGCACUUGCCUUCUAUCUCUGUAAACUCCAUGUCCCAGAAUCUCUGAUCUUGGGCCAAGGCAGGUAAGGCUUCUGCGUGUUGAAGUCCAAGAAAUACUAGAGGGAUAGUAUUUGGAAAUCCCUGCUCCAGAGAGUGGAGAGAAUGCCUCUCUUGGACUACAACUCCCAUCAUCCAAGCAGAAAGGCCUGGCAUAAGAGUUGGAGGAUCCUGGGAGUUGUAGUCCAAAACAAAUAUGUCUCCCAAGAUCUUUAAAGUAAAGGCUUUCUUCCUCAUGAAGUCACAUGUGUUUGAGUUUGUCCAUGUUGGACAAUGACUUAGAAAGAAAUAAGGAGAAUGUGCAUUGAUUAUCUGACACCACUUUAACAUUGACUUGUCAUUUCUGAUGGCAGCGGUUGACCAGGUGCAUAUUAAUCCAAAGUUCAAAAUGAAACAAAGAUUCCUGCGUCAUUACAUUAUUAGUUCAAAGUUACUUAUUUGGAUUCCAACUCCCAUAAUCUUUGCCCACAAAAAGAUCUAGAGAAUCUCGAAGGGAGCACAGAUAAAGAGAAAUCCUGGUUGUUUAUAGAUUUAGGGAAUUUGAGUUGUUUUGGGUCUUAGGCCUCCUGAGGAGGGAGGGCCCCAGAUGCCCUUCUCCUGCGAUCCCCAGCCUCUUCUCCUUUUGUUGUGAUUGCAGUAGAGACCACAUCUAAGAGGGUCAUACCUGGUGAGGUUCCACUUCCAUUUAGUGUUGUAUGAACACCUUUGCUGUCAGACACAGCACUCCCCUCCCCAAAGAUGUAGAGUUCGCCUAAGACAUCAUCCAACCUUCAAGUCACUUAAUCCACUACGCUAUCUGGGGGCUCCAAUAAGGUAAAUGGAACCCCCGGUGGUGUAGUGGGUUAAAGCCUUGUGACUAGAAGGUUGCGUUGCUGCCCUGAAAGCUGCCAGGUUCGAAUCCUACCCACGGAGAGCGCGGAAGAGCUCCCUCUAUCAGCUCCAUGCGGGGACAUGAGAGAAGCCUCCCACAAAGAUGGUAAAAACAUCAACCAUAUGGGCGCCCCCUGGGCAAUGUCCUUGCAGACGGCCAAUUCUCUCACUCCAGAAGCAACUCAGGUUGCUCCUGACACGGAAAAAAAAAAUUACCUUAUUUAUAUCCCGCCUUUCUCUGCCUUGAGCAUAAAAACAAGCCUGAAAUAAAAUUGGAUUAAAAGUGAUAUAUACAUAAAGGCUCCUGGUGGCAUAGUGUGUUAAAACACUGAGCUGCUGAACUUGUGGACCAAAAGGUCCCAGGUUCAAAUCCCAGGAGCGGAGUGAGCGCCCACUGUUAGCCCCAGCUCCUGCCAACCUAGCAUUUCAAAAACAUGCCAAUGUGAGUAGAGCAAUAGGUACCGCUCCGACGGGAAGGUAAGGGCGCUCCAUGCAGUCAUGCCUGCGGCCACAUGACCUUGGAGGUGUCUAUGGACAGCGCCGGCUCUUCAGCUUAGAAAUGGAGAUGAGCACCAACUCACAGAGUCGGUCACGACUGGACUUAACGUCAGAGGAAACCUUUGCCUUUACCUUAUACAUAAAGGCAUAGUUAAAAAUACAUUCAUCCAAAAACAAGGUCUAAACAAGGCCUUUUCUUUCUUUGUGCCCUCUCACUACAACUCCCAGCACUCCCCAACCUUUGUGCUAGGCCCUUCUCCAUGGAUGAUGGGAGUUGUAGUCCAAGGGAGGCAUUCUCUGCAGCAGGGAUUCCCAGAGCCCUUUCUUUUGGCCUUCAAGUCCCAGAACCCUCAGCUGCUUUGGCCCAAGGAUCAGGGAUUCUGGGUGAUGGAGUCCAAUGGAGCUGGGAGGCCAGGGAUUGGGAAGGAGGCUCUGAGAGGGGACGAGGUCCCACGGAAUGGAAAGUGAAGUGAAGAAGAAAGGAAGGCGGCCCUAAAAGCUGCUUCUCUGCCUGCCUGUCUGGCUCUCCCUUUCCAGGCGCAGUCCUGUUCCUUUAACGCUAAGCCCCGCCUCUCUAUGGGCGCCUCCUCGUGGCCGCCAUGUUCGGUCCGGGCGGAAGUGGAGCGAGAGGGAGGCUUCUGCUUCCCAGAGAGGCCGAAGGAAGUGCUCAGGAGGGGAGGAGACGGUGACGCAUUUCCCCCUGAGCUCACUUCCGGAGUAGUGGGGCCUUGUCUUGGGCGCCCUCCAUUCCAGGCCUGGGUCUCGCGUGGGCCUUCUUUCCCUCCCUGCAUCCCGGUGUUUCGGGCCUGGCCUCCCUCAGGGACUCCUCAGAGCCGGAGUUCUCUUCUCUCUCAGCCGGUAACUUCUGAACAAGUUCUGCGAAGAACACCUUGUGGGAGCUUUGCCCGAGGUGUGCUCUAAGUCUAAAGUGACUUCAAGCUACACACCAAAGACAACAAGAAGAAAUAACUAGUGGAAAAUAUAUUUCAAGCUACAUACCUGUGCAAUUAAGGGAGGAAAUAAGAUUGUACUGAAGAAAGAGAGGCUUGGGAAAGCUACUUGAAGGCUACAGCAAUACAAAGACUGCUGUUCAGGAAGUUAUAUCUGUGAACCCCUGGCAUAAUAUUUGAAUUAUAAAUAUAAAAGAAUGGCAAGUCCUCUACCUCCCUAUCCUAGAUCACACACAUGGGAGAAGUUACAUCAGUGUAUGGAAUGCGGGAAACAAUUUGAUUGGAAAAAUUCUCUUACUGUACAUGAACGGACCCACACAGGGGAGAAGCCUUAUAAAUGCAUGGAAUGUGGAGAAAGCUUCAGUCAGAGUGGACAUCUACAUUCCCAUCAAAGGACCCACACAGGGGAGAAGCCAUAUAAAUGCAUGGAAUGUGGAGAAAGCUUCAGUCAGAUUGGAAAUCUACGUUCCCAUCAAAGGACCCACACAGGGGAGAAGCCAUAUAAAUGCAUGGAAUGUGGAGAAAACUUCAGUCGCAGUGGCAGUCUACGUUCCCAUCAAUGGACCCACACAGGGGAGAAGCCAUAUAAAUGCAUAGAAUGUGGAGAAAGCUUCAGUCGCAGUGGCAGUCUACGUUCCCAUCAAUGGACCCACACAGGGGAGAAGCCAUAUAAAUGCAUAGAAUGUGGAGAAAGAUUCAGUCAAAGUGGCAGUCUACGUUCCCAUCAAAGGACCCACACAGGGGAGAAGCCAUAUAAAUGCAUAGAAUGUGGAGAAAGCUUCAGUCGCAGUGGCAGUCUACGUUACCAUCAAAGGACCCACAUAGGGGAGAAGCCACAUAAAUGCAUGGAAUGUGGAGAAAGCUUCAGUAGGAGAGACAGUCUACGUUCCCAUCAAAGGACCCACACUGGGGAGAAGCCAUAUAAAUGCGUAGCAUGUGGAGAAACCUUCAGUCACCGUGCAAGUCUGCAUAACCAUCAAAAGACCCACACAGGGGAGAAGCCACACAAAUGCAUGGAAUGUGGAAAGAGCUUUUGUCAAAGUGGCAAUCUACAUUCCCAUCAAAGGACCCACACAGGGGAGAAGCCACAUAAAUGCAUAGAAUGUGGAGAAAGCUUCAGUCGCAGUGACAGUUUACGUACCCAUCAAAGAUCGCACACAGGGGAGAAGCCAUAAAGUUUUGUUCCGAUUGUGUAGGUUUUUUUUUUAAAAAAAGCAUAGUGUGAUGUAGCAGCUAUAAAUGUCAAUAUGAUUCUAGGCUGUACCAAUAGGAGCAUAGUGUCUGUAUCCAAGGAUGUCACAUCCUCCUUUCUGCUGCUUUGUUGAGUCCUCACCUGGAAUGACCCUGUCUCCAGUUCUUGGUCGCACAAUUCAAGAUGGAUAUUGACAAGAUAGAAUCUCUCCAGAGACGGGCUGUAGAGAAUGGCUGAGAGGGCUGGGUAUCUUUAGUUGCUGUGAAUAUUCCAGGCUGUGUCCAUGUUCCAGAAGCAUUCUCUCCUGACGUUUCACCCACAUCUGUGACAGGCAUCCUCAGAGGUUGUAAGGAUUGUUGGCAAAUGGGGUUUAUAUAUCUGUGGAAUAAUGUUCAGGGUGGGAGAAAGAACUAUUGUCUGUUUGAUGUGUCGGUGUUGCAAUUGGCUAUCUUAACACUGAAUCCCAGCCUAGAAAUCUGACGGCAGCCCAGUGAUUCUGGCCAUGAAAGUCUUUGACUACAUAUUCGUAUGUUUAGCUUGGAGAAAAUAAGGAAGGGCUUCUCCCUCGGCAGAGAGGAGGGAAUAGGCUACCAAAUGCUUUUUGGGUUAAUAGGACCCCCUGACUUUCAGGAAGAAAAAGAUGUAAUAGAUAGAAAUGCAUUACCCACAUGCCUCCAGUGUGGAAAAAUACAGUCUCAAUAGACAUGUGUUCACAGCACAGUACUCUAAAGGGUUAAGAAAAUAGAGAAGAUGGUCCUCUGGAGGGAAGAAUAGGAGCGGCGUGUUUGUGCACUUCCUUCUUUGCCACAUGGAACGUGCUAUCUGCCAUGUGUUAGAGGCCUUGCCCUAAUUGUCUGCCUAUGUAAUCUAUCAUUAUCCUUCUUGUGUGAAGGUACUAUUGUUUGUGCAUAAGGUAAAGGUUUUCCCCUGACGUUAAGUCCAGUCAUGUCUGACUCUGGGGGUUGGUGCUCAUCUCCAUUUCUAAGCCAAAGAGUCGGUGUUGUCCAUAGACACCUCCAAGGUCAUGUGGCCGGCAUGACUGCACGGAGCACCGUUACCUUCCCGCCGGAGUGGUACCUAUUGAUCUACUCACCUUGGCAUGUUUUCGAACUGCUAGGUUGGCAGAAGCUGGAGCAACAGCGGGAGCUCACGCUGCUCACGGGGUUUGAACCUGGGACCUUUCUAUUGUUUGUGCCUAUCUUUGUAUAUUAAGAGAAGACCUGUAAAUAGUUGUAAGUAGCAACUAAAUAAAGCCUCAAAGGACUUUGGAUGAAA